CUAGUUUAGUGCAAGUCCAAAAAGCGCUAAAUUGCAAACAUGGUAAAUUUUUAUUUUGUCAAUUGUGAUGGAGGUACCCGCGGUUGGAGAGGAGCGCGCGUUUGGAGAGGAACGCGCGGUUGGAGAGUAACUUAUGAUCGGGGAGCUGCCCGCGGUCAUGGUGGAUUCCGUGGUCUUGCAGGAGCCCGCGAUGAAGGAGGAGCCCGUGAUCUGGAAGGAACCCCUGGUCCGGCAAGAACCCGUGGUCAGGGAGGAGCUCGCGGUCUGAGAGGAUCCCGCGGCCGAGGAGCCCGCGGUGGUCAAGGCUUAGCUGGCCUUAACAGGAAGGAAAGGAUCCAGUUGGCUAAUAAGGUGGCAAAAAAUGUGCCAAUUGGUCAACAGGCCUUAGUUCGAAAGCGUAUGAUGGAUGCACUACGGCCGGAGGUCCAGGAGGAACCGCAGCAAGAGCACCCAGAGAAGAAGCUGAAGCAGCAGGAGCAGGUACAGCUGCAAGCGCAACCCCAGGAGCAAGAGCACCCCCAACAACAAAAGCAAGAGCAAAAUUAAAGAAUAAUAAAUAAUAAU